AAUCGAAGUUCUCUUCCGGUCAACUGUCCACCCAGUCAAGUGCAAAAAACACAGUAGAAUCACGCAAGGCACGCAGCUGGUGUGCUUCCUGCCCGCGAGGAAAGAAAGAAGAGCGACAGGGUUGAGUUCAGAUUUGACUGUUUGCAGCAUGGGAGCGGAUUACCCAAAAAAUCCCUAGGAACAAUGAAAAAAAAGAUAUCUCGGUAACGAAAACUAUGGGGGGCUGUAUUGGCGAGAUCCAACGGUGAACAGCUGCCCAAAAGAAAAACCGCCYGGAAGUCCGAGGACCUUUAGUACCGUACCCUACCCCCAAACCAGCAGCCUUCGCGCCAAGCAAGACCGCCCUUGUCCCUUUCCUUUCUCCAUUCCGCCUCCUUCUUUCUUAGCUUUGUUCCAAUCGAGUCUAAGGCAAAGCAAAAGUGGUUCGUAYACCUAUUUUUUUACCUACUUGACGAAAGGGAACGAACUUUGUUUCGUUUCCGGGUUUAUGGAUUAUUGGAUUCAGUCAGCUAAACUCAUUCCUUUUUAUUAUGUUGUGACGCUUUGGUUACCGGCGAACGCUUCCAAAGGCGACCCUCUCGAGUUUCCGGCGGUUUCCUAGAUUGAAGUAGCCUUUCGUCAUCCUACCAAACGAAAGAAGUCACUAUCAAGCAGCGAGCCCUUAUUAGUUUAGUUUAGUAAAGUCAAGCUCCAAAAAACGAGAGAUUAACCUGCGGUGCGCUACGCCCGGCAACUCAUCAAGCAAUUUCUUUGCGCUUUCAUUUCAGUGAUGAGGUCGCAAAGAGGGAAGUAGGGCUCCUAUUGACKAAAGGUGGAUUCUUCGCUUUCCUUUAGAAUGAAAGUCGCUAUGAAGCCCCUACUACUUACUUUUUACUUUGUUUGAUUCAAAAGGCGAACAGCCCCCCCAACUAGUCGUAUGAGGUGGGGUGCUUGUGGUAAGCUGCUUUGGAUAUGAGGAAUUCCUAAAAAAAAGGCAAAGUCCGGUAUUUGACGAAGAUCUUUCGAUCAAUAGAUAGGAUUUAGUGUUYGAUAUAGGGGAUAGGAUCCAUCUGCUCUUUCUUUCUCAAUUUUUUUUAGAGAGAUAUAACGAUAUAAAAAAAAAUCGGGAGAUGAUAAAGAAUACAUAGACAUCUAAAGGGAUGUCUAUUCUAUUCCUCUUUUUUUUUUCAGUGCAAGACAGGAAAGCGCCCUCUUUUUGUCAUCCCUGCAGCUUUCCAGAUUUUGUAUUGAACGCAUGGCGUAGCUAGGACCUUCAAAUCAUGUUUGAGCCUAUGUUCAAACCAAACCCACCCCUAUUUGUUUGUUUGAAUAAGGCUAGAAAGAAUGCCCGCCAAGUUCAGAUAAGGAAAUGCUUCCCCCAACCAUUAAAGGAAAGGCUCGACRAAGGGAGGGGAAGGAAAACGCUUUCGGAGAUCGAGAUUGGAUUUCUUUUUCAUCAAAAACGAAGAAGGCCGAGGAUGGCCUACGGUGCGUGUUAUCUGAAGGGAACACGCUUUUUCGACCGCGGUGGUAUGAUUGCCGGGCCCUCUCCUCGUUCCGCCCGCUGGCCUAUUAGGUAGGAUAGCUGUCUUCGGGCUUUGCCUGCCCUUUCUCAUAAAGAAUUCCGGCUUGGCCCGGGAAAGCGCUGGCAACAACAGAAAGGAAGGGGUCCAUGUAGCUGCUGCGCCCGCCCCCUUCUUAGUCAAUGGGGCAGCAGGUUCGGCAUCCACUAGAAAAGAGAGAAUCCACUUCAGAUAACCACGCCUCUGCGUGGCAGCGUGUGGAAUGGCCGAGAGCGGACCUUUUUGGAUAUAUAAUCCAAGUCGAGAGUGGAGUUACGGAAACAGCCGUCUGAUGGAAAACGACUUUCACGUUCGAUUCAGAGAGCACUUUUUUCGUUCAGAAUUCCUCGUUCCCUUUCGUGUGAAUUCCCCAGCGGUGAAUUCGAAACUUGUGGGGCCCUAUCUAUUCCAUCUCUCAAGCCCCGAAGAAAACCCCCUCCCCUUCGGACUCCAUAUCUCUUUUGACUCUAUAUAUGUGGGCACCUGAUAUCUAUGAGGGUUCACCCACCCCGGUUACAGCAUUCCUUUCUAUUGCGCCUAAAAUCUCUAUUUUUGCUAAUAUUUCACGUGUUUCUAUUUAUGGUUCCUAUGGAGCUACAUUGCAACAAAUCUUCUUUUUCUGCAGCAUUGCUUCUAUGAUCUUAGGAGCACUGGCCGCCAUGGCCCAAACGAAAGUCAAAAGACCUCUAGCUCAUAGUUCAAUUGGRCAUGUAGGUUAUAUUCGUACAUGUUUCUCAUGUGGAACCAUAGAAGGAAUUCAAUCACUACUAAUUGGUAUCUUUAUUUAUGUAUUAAUGACGAUAGAUGCAUUCGCCAUAGUUUUAGCAUUACGGCAAACCCGUGUAAAAUAUAUAGCGGAUUUGGGCGCUCUAGCCAAAACGAAUCCUAUUUCGGCUAUUACCUUCUCCAUUACUAUGUUCUCAUACGCAGGAAUACCCCCGUUAGCCGGUUUUUGUAGCAAAUUCUAUUUGUUUUUCGCCGCUUUGGGUUGUGRGGCUUACUUCCUAGCCCCAGUGGGAGUAGUGACUAGCGUUAUAGGUCGUUGGGCGGCCGGAAGGUUGCCACGAGUAAGUCCGUUUGGGAGACCGAAGGCAGUUCUCCGUGCACYGGACACGUAGCUUACCGAAUCAGUUGCGACACGGAUGGGAAUGCAUGCUCCGAAAGAUAGGGUCGAGUCUGAUACAUCAACCGUCUACUCAAUAUCCUUGUACGAGUCCACAAUCACUACACGAGAUGAACCUUGGUUUGGUGAAUUGAAGUUGGCCUUAGGUGUAAUAGGACUCCCAGUUACUGCGCGCGAUCGUAUACUGAGGUGCUCCCCGCCGGUUGUUGGAACGACGCGAGCCGGGCCUCGAUUCAGAAAGAUGAAGGGCCAAAAAGUCGAAAUAGGGGGUUACUAAUUCCCCAUCUCAUUGGGGGCGGAAAACGAAUCGACAUCUCGAUGUGAGACAGCCUUUUCAAUUUGAGUUGGGAAAGAACGGCGAAGUCCAUCCGAACCGUCCAAUGAAGAAUAAGAGGA